CUAUAGGUAUUUAACUGCGUCAUCCGGAUAAAAAUGCUGCACAUAUUUUUGUUUCAAAACCGAAAACCCACAUGUGAACUGCUAAAACUACUCCCACUUUUGAAAAAAGCCGCCUAAUUAGUUUUCUCUUUCAGAGUCACCUGGUAGAGAAAUUUCCUACUACUUUAUGGAAUCCCUUUUCAUGUGUCGUCUGCUUCGUUGUUCAUUCUGUCAUUCACGAUUUCACGUGGAUUUCACGUGGAUUUGUGCUCAUACAUGUGCUUUUACGUGUGUUUGAAAUUCCCAAUUCUUGAUUUUGAUAAAUAUUGACUAAAAAGAAUGGACAAGCCAAAACGAAGAUGUGUAGAGUGCAAGAAAACUAACUUUUAUAAUGUCAAUGGACAAUAUGUGUGUGUCGAAUGCGACACUUAUGCUACUGAUCAAGUUGAAAUUGUUUGUGAUGAAUUUGAGGGACAAACUCAAGGUCGAAAAUAUAAAGCACUUGGCGAGAAAAAGGAUAGGAAAAAUUUAGAGGAAGAAGAACGGAAUAAGAGGAUACAAGAUUGGAAUAUAUAUGAUGGAUUCAAUUUUAUUCUGGUCAAAAUGACAGAUGCACUGAUCAAGUGUGGUGCUGAUCCCAUAAUCAAACCCUGUGUACACAGGUUAUGGGCUUCCUAUCUUUCCAAAAUGGAAGUUGCAUAUCGUGAAGCAUCACCUCCUACAUCACCUUUACCUGACGAAUUUAGAACCAGGGAGACAGAGAUGGAAGAAGUGGAGGAACAAUCUUCAAUAGUCCCAUCUUGGUUUUCUCAAAAUAAUGAGCUAGAUUCUCAAGUAGAAAGUGAUGAUCAACCCCCUAAAAUCAAACCAAAAAGAACUACACUUUUUUCUGCCCCAAAAGUGUAUGACCAAUUUCCAUUCAGAAUAUUAUAUAAAAAUAACCCACUAACUAUAAUUAUCUUAUUUAGGGCGAAAAGAAAGUACUACAAGAAGGGCCUGGGCGAAAUGGAUAUUUUACUUGAAACCGCUGAUGCCGAAUUAUCGUUAGCUGACAGACGCAAGAAAGGCCGAAAACUUAGGAGUAACUAUAUGAAACUGGCCCUUAGUGGAGCAGACACUGAUGUUUCGAUGGCGGAGUCAAUUGCUUCAUCAGCAGAUACUCAAAGUACAGUUGAAGACGCCCAAAAAAGAAGUCGUUUGUCUACCAUGAAGUAUGCCGUUCCUGAAUGCUUUCCUGAAGGAGAACUAGUUUCCAUACUUAAGAGAAAAAACAAAACAGAGGAUUAUACGGCACCCAGGUCAACAUGCAGCGACCCAGAAUACAUGACGGUGCAUAAACUAUUGUCAUUUCUUCAUGCUGCACUACUCUUGAAAGGUCAAUUAAUAUCUUAUGGCGAUUUGACAAGGUGGGCUCGGGAAGGUUUCAUCCCUCUCUACGGCGCUCAUCUACUUUUACCAAAAAGUAUGCCUAUCAGUGGAUCGGAGGCUCAUACUUUGGGUGCACUCCGUACAAAUCAAGCUCCCUGUUCUCGAAUUUUUCGUCAAAACACUGGCCGUCUCCUUACAAUGCUAAAUAUCGAAAAGCUACCCAAGCCACCUGCCUUUCUGUUGGCGUCUAAAAUCAUCUGUGAUCUUCAGUUGCCAAAUGAACUUGAAGUGUAUGUCAGAACUUUGGAUAGAAUUAUUAAUCAGGAUGAUAACGACGCUGAAUGGAAAACCGUUUUCUUUGGUAACAGGAUUCCAAGUGAUGCUGCGUACGCUGGAUCCCUGAUCCUGGUUGCCAUGAAAUUGGUACUUGGAUUAGACGGAACGACAGAAUUUCAAAUUUCAGAUUUUGCCACGAAAGUUAACAAUCUGUUAAAACUAAAACCUUCGUCAAGCUUCGCUAGCAAACAGCAAGGAGUUGAAAAUGAAAAUAACCAAGAAACAUCUCAGGGCAUAAAAACUCUGUUUGUCUGGAAAGAGUGGGUUCGAUUUAUUGAAUACCGGCGCAACGUCAUCGAUCGCACUCACGUUCCAACAGCGAUCCGAAAAGCAAUUGUGAAGAAAAUGGAUCCCGCUUAUGUGUAUCAAUUUGCUCAAACUGAAGGAUUUUAUCAUUAUAACCGCCCUACAACUGAAUUGUCAGAAAUCGAUAGGUCCAUCUUAGAAGUUUUUGAAAAAGCUUCGAAGAGAUUUCCUUCCCCUUCCGGACCUCCAAAAAGAAUACCAAGAUUUCGUUCCUCUCUUUUCGGCCUUCAGGGCUUGGCUGAUCAACUUUUGGAAUUCGACCCCUCGGAAUAUGGACAACUUAAGCAAGAAUUUUCCACUUCGUCUUUAGUAUUUGCCAGAAAACCCAAACUGUUGGCAGCUGCUCUAAAGAAGGCGAAUCCACCGCAUCUCUUAAAUAUUCACAAGGGCCCAGCAUUAAAGGAUAGAAAAUUCGUCAUGCCUUUGAUCACUUCACGUUGUGGGAUUUCGAAAUCUUCAAGUCAAAUGGAUCGUUAUGCCUGGAAAAUAGUAACAGUAAAGUCGGAAGUACUACCUGUUUCCAACUCUUCUGACGACGACGACGACGAGCUUGAUGAAUUUUACGAUAGUCAAUCGCGACCUAGUCUGCUUUUACAUGACCCAUCUUACGGUUACUGGAUAAGCGCACUCCGUCUGAAAUUGGUGGCUUUCGUCGACUGGAACUUGUUCUCCGCCUCGUUGCCUUCAUCGUUUCUCUGGUUGCUCCAACUUAUCUGUGAAAGCAUUGAAGAAAGCCCAAGAGAUUUCUACCCAACGUUUAACGCUGUUGAAGCUAUCGUUUUCUUAGGUCACACAGAUGUGAAACGCAACAUUACCGGCAAAAAGGAGUUAAAGCAGCGACUAUACAACGCAUUAAGAGCGGAAUUCUAAAACAUUUUUUUUUAUACAUCUCCGUAAUGAAUUUUAAUGCGCCAAAUGUUUAUGUAUUAUUUUUUUGUACCUCAAAAUGUCUCAAUUAACAGAGGGCUGAAACUCGCCUAAUUCGGUUACCACUCGAGCAAGAUGUACAUGCCAAUCGGGGCUGAUUGGCUGUUUAGAACUAACCUUGAGUGACACGGAAUACAUGUUUCGAAAAAUA